AUGGCCGGUGGUUUCGUGCAGUACCAUGAGCCCAGCAUCGUCCAAAUUCUGGUGAUCAUCUCGUUCUUCCUCUUCCUGUCGCUCGCAGAAUGGCUCUCAGCCAAGAUCAUCCGCGCCGGUCUCAUCGGGCUCAUCGCGGUCGGGAUUAUAUACGGCAAGCCGCUGGCCGAUAUCCUCAACCAUGAAUGGCAGGAGACCUUUAUCGCCUUGGGAUAUGUUGGGUUGAUCUUGAUUAUUUUUGAAGGCGGCCUGGGUGCUCGCAUUGACCUGCUGAAGCAGAACUUCGUGCUCAGCAUGAUCGGGGCUGCGACCGGUGUGCUUUUUCCGAUCGGUCUUUCGUAUCUCUUGCUCUAUCUAGGCUUUGGAUAUGGGGCUGUCGAGACGUUUAUCAUCGGGGCUGCUCUGUCUGCUACAUCACUUGGAACUACGUUCGCCGUUAUAUCGUCCGCCUCUCGAACAGUAGACCUAGGCCAGACACGCGUUGGGUCAGUUCUUGUCAGCGCAGCAGUCAUCGACGAUGUCGUCGGGCUCGUCAUGUCCAGCGUCAUCUCCGACCUGAGUAAAUUGAAUAGCGGAGGCAAUGUCAAUCUCGGCUGGUUGAUCGGUCGCCCGAUCGUAGCCUCAAUCGGGAUGGCCAUCGUCACCCCAGUCGUGACAAAGUACCUCUUCGCCCCUGUGUUCCGGCGCUACAUCGAAAACCACUUUGCGCGGUACGACCACAUCUCCAACAUUGUGCUCAUGGCGCUGGUUCUCUGCGCAUUCAUCAGCAUUGCCGCGUUUACAGGGACAUCGGUGCUCUUCGGUGCUUUCCUCGCCGGUACUUUCCUGACCUACCUACCAAGCAAACACCCUGAAGCGCCGUUCGUCGUGAUGAGUCGCGAAGAAGGCGAGACGGAGGCGCAUAAGAGCCCGACAUUUGUGCAUACCUUCGAGCGGUAUCUGGUUGAUGUACAGAAGUAUCUCAUGGAGCCUCUGUUCUUUGCCAGCGUUGGCUUCGCCAUCCCAUUUGUGCAGCUCUGGACGGGGAAGAGGAUCUGGCGGGGGAUAGUGUUUACCCUUCUGAUGGUGUUCGCAAAGUUUAUCGUUGGCAUCUGGAUACCCCUAUGGCAUGCCUUGUUCGCAAAGUCCCGACCUGGCACCCGCGAGCCUCCAGCCAGAAACACGGAUGAAACGACACGGGGAGAGAUCCGAAACGAAAAGCAAUCAAACUCAGCCACCGCAACGGUGUGGCUGUCCGGGCUGCUGCUUGGGUCUGCGAUGGUCGCGCGUGGGGAAAUCGGGCUCCUGAUCAUCGAGAUCGGAUACAACGAGACCUCGUACGUGAGCGAGGACGGCUUCAUCACAGGCGUCUGGGCGAUUCUGCUCAAUACCAUCAUUGGGCCGGUCGCUGUGGGAGUGCUGGUCAAGCUGUACGGCAAACGCAUUGGGGGAGGGCCGUGGGGAUUGCAGUUGCAGGCGCAAGAGAGAGACUCUCGGUCUGCGGCUUAA